CUCAAAUCAUGCCACUGCCGAAUCCAGCCGUCAACGCCGCAAUGACACUUGAGACGCUGCGUGUCCAACUUUGCUAAAACAUCUUGUUCGAGUUUAGUCUCGACAGGCAUGCCUCGAAACCAGGAAAAAGAGCCCAAACAAUUGGCCAUUGUUCUCAUCGCUGUUUGCUUCCACUUGAAGCGCGGCAAGGAUUUCCUCUCCAUCACCAGCAGAACCGCCGGCCGUCCCAGAAGCCGUAAUGUUGCCUGCUAUAGCGCCUGUCUCCCACAAAUCUUGCCGGAUGAUGCAGCCGGCUGCGUCGUGUUCGACAACAGCCUCAUCUAAUCAUACCGCGAUGGGUUCCAGAGUAGUGUCGCCAAGGCCGUAUGUCAUUCAUAUCAAACACUCACCUUGAUUCUGUGCGGCCUGCGCCGAGCGACGUUCCUUCCAAAUUAUUUCCAGCUUUAAUAUACUUAACUUCAACGACCAUUAUCCCGGCUGCUACUAGUCUCUGGCUGCGAUUCUCUCCCUAGGCUGGCCCUUGACGUAUGCUCAUUUCUCUUCAAACGUCCUGAUCCCUCCAGCACUGCCUGCCAAAAAAGGUCACUGGUUCUCCGAUUCUUAGCCCACUUUCGCUUGAGAUACUUCGCGGUUUUUCCGAUCUUGGACUUCGCAACAUAAGUAUUCCCACCCUAGCUACUUCAUAAUUUCUGGAAGCUGUCUCUCCGUGUCCACGUAGCAUCUGUAUGCUAAUCGGUCCAUUGCUCUCCACCUUCCACCUCAAGGGCAAGGUCUACCGUCUUGCGAUUCGCCAAUCGAAAGAAGCUGUGUGAACGUGUCGAUUACUUGCGCGCCUGAAUGUCACUGAUCGGACACGUUAGACCACCCUACGACUGUGCAGCCUGAGGAUCCGGAUCGGUGCGCGCCUGAUAUGGAAUUCAGCUCCGUUCCGCAGCAUCGUCCCACCAACACGUUCUCUCAACUGGACGAGCGAGAGGGAAAUGCAGCCCUAGAAAUGUAUAGUGGUAGCAACCUGACACCACAAACUCAGACACCUCAGCCGACGCUGUCAUUACCCCCUCAAGUUUCAAAUGGAUGGUUCACCAGCAACAUGACGGCGGAAGCGCGGGCAUCUCAGCGUCAUACGAUGAUGUUCAUCGACUCGCGCCCCCCUAGAAGCGACAUGCCUCAAGGUCGACCGUUAAGCAUGACGGCUGUGUCUGGUUAUACGAAGUUGGGUGUCCAGAAUCCACGAGGCGAAUAUUUGGCACAGCCGCACAUGCCACUCCCGGUCGUUCAACAACCGAAAAUGACACAAAGUGUCGUGGUCCCAAAUGGUUGGAUCCAGUCAAAGGCCUGUCAUGAUCUUGAGUUCUCCAAUUUGGAGGCGGAUAUGACUGAAUACGGUCAAGGAAUGUUUGGCGUGGAUGACGAUAAUACUGUCAUUGACCUUCGAAGAUUUUCGACUUCUGGGCAAGAUCAGGCACGCGACAUGUUAGUCGGCUCCUCUCGACGCAUGUCAGAAUCAACAAACUCUAUGUCGAGCCACGGCCCAUUUGCUGACCUCCCUCACUUGGAUGACUCUCCACCUUUGGAUCAUCCAUCACACAUGGAAGCUGACUGGUCUGGUUUUGACACCUCGUCUAUUUCCCAACUGGACCCCGCAGCAUCGCCCCGCCCCCCGUCACUCAUUCGAAGCGCAAGCAGAUCCAGAGCGUCUCCGGUUCCAAAUCUUCGCACCUCUCCUUAUACGCUAGAAUCUACACGUAACAAACGCUGGUCAACCGGAAUGUAUCCUGGACAACCGCAUCCGCGGCCGUAUCAAUUGAACCGAUAUUCAUCCUUCUAUGGCUCUCCAUUGAAUCCCCAACAUUCAAUUUCCCCACUUGGCCCGGAGAAUGUAACACCUUUGCCAUCUCAGAGCUACUUGUUCCCAUCUGCUCCUUUCGGAGUUACAAAUAAUGCGAUGCUUUACCCGACGUCUGAUCCCUUCCCUGAAGUUCCUCGACCACUUCCAUCGCAGGGCUUAUUCCGGUUGCUACAAAGCAAUGCUGAUCGAUCGACUGGUUGCUAUUCUCACUGUGCAGAUCUCUCCGACCCUCCCGACUUGUAUUCUUCACUGAACGAAAAACCAUCUGAACCCCCGGAAGAGGAUAUGAACCCAUCGGAGCCUGAAAUGGUGCCGCAUGAACAAGAGCUGCGAUUUCCCGGCGACUUGUACACUCCAAAAUGGGUACGUGGUCAUGGAAAUAAGCGCGAAGGCUGGUGCGGGCUCUGCAAGCCAGGUAGAUGGCUUGUUUUGAAGAAUUCUGCCUUCUGGUAUGAUAAGAGCUUUACACAUGGCGUCUCUGCCGCGACCGGGGCAGCGUUUCAGAGCCCUCAAGAAACAAGACGUACCGAAGGUAAUUUGGAUGUUUGGGAAGGGCUUUGUGGAAGUUGUGGUGAAUGGAUUGCACUUGUGAGCAGCAAAAAGAAAGGUACCACAUGGUUUCGCCACGCCUACAAAUGCCACACACAUCCAAAAGUCAAGGACGGACCAAAGCGGCGCCGUGAAAUAGCAGUCACAACGAUUCGUUCGAGCGAGCCUGCUUCUAAUAGUGAACCAACUAUUACCGUAUCGUGUAGUACUCCGCCGUCAAGUGGCGUUGAGCUGUCUGCAAAAGAGCCAAGACUUGUGAAACUCGAGGAGGGUGCAGAGACAAAACAGGAGCUCAACAGAUUGGAAGUCAAAAUCGAAGACGAGGCAACUCCGGUGUCUACUCCACAACUGACACACACUUCAAUGUCUACGCCACAAUUGGCAACAAUGCAUACGCCAACUUCGAGCUAUACCCCGACAGCGAAGGAGAAAAAACGUUUCUCCGUCAUGUUCGAUACAUCAAUGAUAUCUCAAAGCUUCUCGUCACAACUUGAAGCCUUUGCAGAACAUGAAUCUGAAAGCACCCCUACUAUGGAAGAGGAAAACAAUGAGCUCUCGACAGAGCCGCAGCAACAGCAGCCCAAUACGCCAACCGAACCCACCUACAUAUUCAACCACGAUGGCACCUUCACCGAAAACUCAAGCAUAGGGUUUUCCGUCUCCAAUAACCACGAUCUGAAAACAGAUACUGAUCAUUUGAUGUCACUUGACCACAGCUCAACUAAUGACUUCUUUCCACAACCCAGCCAUUUCGACUUUUCGGCCCCACCCAUGCAGCCACUAGAGUACAAAAUAACGCAUCCUCCAGAAGGAAAUUGGAUAUGACACGAAUUCACUCGCUUACUGUUUGAUUCUGAUCAUUUUAUUAUUGAAGAUCUUCACGCGAUCUAUGCAUAAUUCCCGAAAGCCCGACAUGAUGCCGAAAGCUUGAGGUAAUUAUGUUGAGCUAUAAGAGAAGGAUUAUACGGCAUCAGUGAGCUAAUGUGAUAUGCAUAAUGACUUUCUAACUUGUAUCAAAUCUUACUUCAGGAACGACUUGCAGGAGUCUCAGAGAACGUAUUCGAUCUAUGACUCUUUUUGUAAAUAGACG